UGAUGCGGAGGGGAGGAAAAUGGCAGAGCUGCAGAUGUUAUUAGAGGAGGAAAUUCCGUCUGGCAAGAGGGCGCUGAUCGAGAGCUACCAGAACCUGACCUGAGUGGCGGACUACUGUGAGAACAACUACAUACAGGCUACAGACAAGAGAAAAGCAUUAGAAGAGACCAAAGCCUAUACAACCCAAUCCCUAGCUAGUGUUGCUUAUCAAAUAAAUGCAUUGGCCAACAAUGUACUCCAAUUGCUGGACAUCCAAGCCUCUCAGCUUCGGAGAAUGGAGUCUUCCAUCAAUCAUAUCUCACAGACGGUGGACAUUCAUAAAGAGAAAGUGGCUCGAAGAGAGAUUGGUAUUUUGACAACAAAUAAGAAUACAUCAAGAACUCACAAAAUAAUAGCACCUGCAAAUAUGGAGCGCCCUGUAAGGUAUAUUCCGAAACUUAUUGGCUAUACAGUUCUGGAUGAUGUGGGCCAUGGUGUCAAGCAUGGAAAUAACCAGCCUGCAAGAACUGGCACACUGUCGAGAACAAAUCCUCCUACUCAGAAACCACCAAGUCCUCCCAUGUCAGGCAGGGGAACGUUGGGACGGAAUACUCCUUACAAAACCCUGGAACCUGUUAAACCUCCAACAGUUCCUAAUGACUACAUGACCAGUCCUGUUAGGCUUGGAAGUCAGCAUAGCCCAGGCAGAACAGCUUCUUUAAACCAGAGACCGAGGACACACAGUGGAAGUAGUGGGGGGAGUGGAAGUCGAGAAAACAGUGAAAGCAGCAGUACUGGCAUUCCCAUUGCUGUGCUUACACCUUCACCACCCACUAUUGGAUCAGUUGCUGAUAGUCCAACUCCUCCACCACAACCUCCACCAGAUGACAUUCCUAUGUUUGAUGACUCUCCACCUCCGCCAUCACCACCUCCAGUGAAUUAUGAAGAUGAGGAGGCUGCAGUAGUUCAGUAUAAUGACCCAUAUGCAGAUGGGGAUCCUGCUUGGGCCCCUAAGAAUUAUAUUGAGAAAAUUGUGGCAAUAUAUGAUUAUACAAAAGACAAGGAUGAUGAGCUGUCACUUAUGGAGGGUGCAAUCAUUUAUGUAAUAAAGAAUGACGAUGGCUGGUAUGAAAGAGUCUGCAAUCGAGUGACUGGUCUGUUCCCUGGGAACUAUGUUGAAUCAAUCAUGCACUAUACUGAUUAAAAUUUUUUGCAUUUAAAGUAAAUUCUUAUUAUUCAGUCAUACUGUGGGACUAAUUAAUGGUUAACAAAACUGUCUUAAAAUGUGCCCAUAUUUUCAGGACAUGCUGUUUUAUUGAUAUAAUUGAAUGUCUACCUUGUAAGCAUAAAUCUUUGAGGCAGUUUGUGUAUUGCUAAACAGCAAUUUAUACAAGAGGCUGUCCAUAACUAUUUAUGCUUAUAUACUUACACAAUGUUAACUCUUUGACCAGCUUAAAUGUUCUGGGGUUCUGGGAUAUAAUAUUUAACAAAUCAUGAUUCAGAUUGUACCAUUGUUUCAGUGCAGGGUUACUAAUGUUAUGUCAGACUAAUAUUAAAAUCAGAAACUUAAAUGCUGGGUGCUGGUCAUACCUUUUGUUUAGACUCAUUCUUGAACUAUAACUAUUUGUUUAAAGCAUGCAUACAAAUUAAUUAUUGAAAUAUACUUCUUAAAAAUCCAAGAUGCUUCCAAUUUGUGUGAUAUUUUCUUGGAGUACUAGUACUUAGGUCUCUUGAAAUGAUUCGAGUCUCUAAGGUUUCCAUGUGAAACAAAACAAACAAAAAAGGGUUAUCUAUCUGUAAUGUUGUAAUUUGUAACUAAGUUUUUUAAUGAGCGAAUUUGUAUUAUAAAUUUUUUCCACUCACAGAUACAUAAGUGAACCAAAGGUUUUUGUCCUUACCUUCACUGAUUUGUUUUU